UUUCCCUGCAGGUACUUCAAGUGGUGGUACAAGAAAACCCGCAUUGAGAAGAAGUCUGCCUUCAUCGACCUCCUGUGUGCCGUCCCUCUGCAGCAGAUCUACGGCUGCCCACUAGGUGGGAUUGGCGGCGGCACCAUCACUCGUGGCUGGCGGGGCGAGUUCUGUCGCUGGCAGCUGAACCCUGGGAAAUACCACUAUGAGACAGUCAUCACUGACCAGUUCACAGUGUGCCUGCGCCGCAAGGGACAGACUGUUUACCAGCAGGUCCUGUCUGUGGAGAAACCCAGUGCUCUGCAGGGCUGGAACUGGGGUUACUGUGGCCGCUAUGCCUUCUACCAUGCACUGUACCCCCGUGCUUGGAUGGUCUAUGAGCUGCCAGGGCAGAACGUGGUGCUCACGUGCCGCCAAAUCUCCCCAGUCAUCCCCCACGACUACAAGGACUCCAGCCUGCCAGUGGGGGUGUUCAUCUGGGAGGUGGAGAACAACAGUGAGGAGCCUGUGGAUGUCUCCAUCAUGUUCACCCUGCAGAAUGGCACUGGCACGAAGGGGGAUGGGAGUGGGGGGCAUUGGAAUGAGCCCUUUGCCCUGCAGGAUGGUGGGGAGCGGGUGACUGGCGUCCUGCUGCACCACUGUACACCCAUCAAUCCCUUCACCUUCGCCGUGGCUGCCCGGGAGAAGGCUGGCACAGUCAUCACUCACCUUACUGCCUUUGACCCUGCGGGGUCAGGCAGGGACGUGUGGCAGGACCUCCUGCAGGAUGGCAAGCUGGAGUCCCCCAUUGGUAAAAGCAAGCGGACGCAGAAGGGAGAAGUGACAGCAGCUGCGGUAUGUGCCAGCUGCAUGGUGCCUGCACGAGGCCAUGGGACACUGGAGCUGGCCCUGGUGUGGGACAUGCCCCGUGUUCACUUUGGCUCCAAGGAAAGACUGCACCUCAGGCGGUACACACGCUUCUUUGGCAGCAAUGGGGAUGCAGCUCCUGCACUGUCACACUAUGCCCUGACACACUACAAGGAGUGGGAAAAGAAGAUUGAAGCGUGGCAGAAACCCAUCCUGGAGGACAGUCAGCUGCCCUCCUGGUACAAGUCAGCCCUGUUCAAUGAGCUGUACUUCAUGACGGAUGGGGGCACAAUCUGGCUGGACCUACCUCCUGACUGCCUCCCCCAGGACCUGCAGGGACCAGGGGCUGCCAAGCUGUCCCACCUCCUCCCUGUCCUGCGGGAGUACGGGAGGUUUGCUUAUCUGGAAGGGCAGGAGUACCGUAUGUACAACACCUAUGAUGUCCACUUCUAUGCAUCCUUCGCCCUUGUAAUGCUGUGGCCCAAGCUGCAGAUCAGCCUGCAGUAUGACAUUGCUGUCACAGUGUUGAAUGAGGACAUGCAGCCACGGCAGUACUUGGUGUGUGGCAAAACAGCCCAGGUGAAACUGAAGAAUGUAGUGCCCCAUGACAUUGGAGAUCCAGAUGAUGAGCCCUGGCAGCGAGUCAAUGCCUAUCUGAUGCACGACACUGCCAACUGGAAGGACCUGAACCUGAAGUUUGUGCUGCAGGUGUAUCGUGACUACUACCUGACGCACGAUGCACUGUACCUGCAGGACAUGUGGCCGGUCUGCCAGGCUGUGAUGGAGUCGGAGCUGAAGUUUGAUACUGACAAUGACGGGCUUAUUGAGAACGGGGGCACUGCUGACCAGACGUAUGAUGCAUGGGUGGUGAACGGGGCCAGUGCAUACUGUGGUGGGCUGUGGCUGGCAGCUGUCCGGAUGAUGUGUGAGAUGGCAGAGGUGCUGGGUGACGCUGAGACCCAGCAGAAGUAUGGUGCCAUCCUGCAGAAGGGCAAGGAGUCAUUUGAAAGGCUGCUGUGGAAUGGAAAAUACUACAACUAUGACAGUAGCGGGAGCAGCACCUCCAGUAGCAUCAUGUCAGACCAGUGUGCGGGGCAGUGGUUCCUGGGGGCUUGUGGCCUGGACCAGAAGGAGCUGGAGGUCUUCCCCAAGAGCCACAUUGUCAGCGCACUGAAGACCAUCUUUGAGAAGAAUGUGAUGAGCUUUGCAGGUGGCACCAUGGGUGCUGUGAAUGGCAUGCGGCCUGAUGGUGUGCCUGACACCUCCAGCGUGCAGUCCAGUGAGGUGUGGGUUGGUGUUGUCUAUGCUCUGGCUGCUACCAUGAUCCAGGAGGGACUGGUGCAGGAGGGCUUCCACACAGCAGAGGGCUGCUACCGAACGGUGUGGGAGAACCUGGGCAUGGCUUUCCAGACCCCUGAAGCCUAUUGUGAGAAGAAAGUCUACCGCUCGCUGGCAUACAUGCGGCCCCUCAGCAUCUGGAGCAUGCAGCUGGCCCUGGAAAGCAAAACCCGCCGGCCCCCCAGCCCCACACCAACCCAGAAGAAUCCUCUGCACCCCUGA